GAAAUAAUGAUCAAGAAAACGAUAGCGUUUUUGUCGAAUUCCUAUCGUUCUUAUACGUAUUUGUUGAGUUUGUGUAUACCGCAAAAUAUUCGGCGAUUAUCUCAUUUAGAUGUUUUAAAUCGAAAUAAUUUCAAGUUUAAUUUGUUUAAUACAUCCACACAAAUGGGGGACCAAGCAGCUGGAAUACCAAUAACAAAUGAAGAAAUAUUAAAAUUAUGUAAAAGUCCUGACCCUGCUACUAAGGAUUUUAUAUUCCAACAAACUAUGUACCGCAUCAAAGACCCACGAAAAAGCAUCCCCUUCUAUACGGAUGUCCUAGGAAUGACUUUAUUAACAAAACUAGAUUUUCCAGAAAUGAAAUUCACUGUCUAUUUUUUGGGCUUUGAAGAAUCAAAGGACCUUGUAGGUAACCUUGGCUCAAAAGAACGUACAGAGUGGGCAUUAAGCAGAAAAGCAACUUUAGAAUUAACCCACAAUUGGGGAACAGAAAAUGAUCCAGAACAGAAAUAUCAUAAUGGAAAUUCUGAUCCUCGAGGAUAUGGUCAUAUUGGUGUAAUGGUACCUAAUGUUGACGAAGCUUGUGCACGUUUCGAGAAUUUAGGUGUCAAUUUCAUAAAAAGGCCCCAAGAUGGCAAGAUGAAAACGUUGGCCUUUAUUUCUGAUCCUGACGGCUAUUGGAUCGAAAUAUUCUGUAACAAAACUGUUGUAUAAAACAUUAUAAUUGCUCGAAACUUUUUUGCACCUGCUUCCCUAAAAUAAUGUAUUUAAGUUGUAUAUGAAAUAAAAAAAAUAAAAAAUAA